AUGCCCACCAACAACUCCCCCGUCCACUACCCCAUCACUCUCCGGGAACUGAUCAUACUGCGACGCUCCUCGUAUUCCGACCCCGCCCGCACUUUCGUCACAAAUCUUCGGAAAGCACUCCGCUACGAUCCCAACAACAACAACCAGCGGCGUACGGCCGAGGUCUACACCUCAAACUCGGUGCACACGGACCUCCGCAUGUACGCCCCGAUAGGCGCCACUGGAUCCUGGGACAUGUACUCCGACGACAGACGCGUCAGGGCGCGUGCGGGCGCCGUCUCCCGCCUGCACCAAACUGUACUCGCCUACAACAACUUAUCACGCAGUGGCCCCUCCCUUGCACACCACCGCCCCAACCUCCGAGGCCACUAUGCCCGGGUAUCGCACCAACGGCUGAAUCACGCUAAGAGCCUACUUGCCCGGCUGGAAGACAAUGCCAUGGAUUGGUACCACCUGCACCGGACGAAGGAAUGCUGGCGCAAAGCCCUAGUCCGACGGGCACCCAAAGUUUGCCCGUACAUCACCCACCUCUCCCCGCCAGCGGGAUACGAAUAUCUCAACCUCCAGAUCCAAAUCCUCGAAGGUUGGGCCUGCCGUGUAGCGUCGAACUCGUAUAUGAUGGACCGGAUCGCGCUCGACCCGGACUCAUGGCAAGAUGCCCUGUGUCGCCUCAUCCCGGGCUUAAAACAGUAUAUCCAGCACUUCGAGCCACCGAUGAAUGAUGAAGUCUACAACCGGCAGACGCGCUUGAUCUUACGCGCUGUCCACGAUGUGCCCCGACGUGGUGAACUCCCGAUCCCCCUCCCAAUCGUGUAA